UCAAUUUUCCUUAUCUUAUAGCGUGUAUAUAUUUAUAUAUAUAUGUAUAGAUUUUGCCAUGAGUAAAUUGCAAAUAGAUGUUCUGCAAUUUAAGCAAACAUGGUAGAUACAGUGGAGAAGACCAAAGGUUCUUUGGAUGUGAUCAUCAACAAUAAGACAAAAAAUUGAGAAAAGAAUUCAAAAUGUGCAGGAAGAGAUGUAUGGCAAGUAAAUAUUGACAAUUUUGUUCUUACUUUUUUGAAGGUAAAUAAGGUUAAUUAAACAUCAUUUAAUAAUUGUAUUAAUUUAUAAAAACAUUUGAUUAAGUAUGUCUGUAGCUAUAAUGGAAUUACAUCAUGGUCUCCUCACUCAAAUUAACUUUCCAAACCUAAUUAGCAGCCGAUGAUUGAAUUAUGGGUGAUGUCUCUUUUCCCUUUUAUGUUAUUUUAUUUUACACUACAAGGAUUAUAUAGACAAGGAAAAACAAAGGUAAGUGGAAGAAAAAUCCCAUUUUUCUAGUUCAUGUUGGAAAACCCAAAUGUGGAACCCCACCCCACCACCCUCUCUAGCUUACACAUUAAUAUAAUGUGUAUAUAGAUAUAAUAUUUGUAUAUAUAUAUAUAAGGGAAAUUAGCUUUCCUUAGCCAUAUAUAUAUAGCUCAUCAACCACUUAAAACUUAAAAACAUCAGGCCACCACAGUACUACUAGCUACUACUCUCUCUUAUUCCAAAAUAUUUAAUUUUCAUCAGAGCUAGCAGAGAAGCAUUAAGAAACCAAAACCCCAUAUAUAUUUUUUUUUUUACUUCAUUGAGUAACUUAAAGAUCCUCCAAAAUAAUCUAUAUAUAUUCUUUCCUACACAUAAUUUCUUACUUCAAUCUUUAUUAUAUAUAUAUUUAAGUUCUUGAUCACUUUGCAAAAAUGAGGCCAUCUUUCACAGUCGCUCUUCUUCUAAUUUUGUCUCUUACACUUUCAGAGCAAGCUCAAGGGAUUCGUUUGGGAAAAUGGGACUUCAUGUCAUCACUGCUUGGAGCUAAUAAAGAAGAACAUAAACCAAUAAUCGAUCAUGAGAAGGAAAUUAUUACUUCAUCAAGUAAUAAAGCUGUAAAGAACAAUGAUAAAGAUGAAGAGGGUAAUAAUAUUAUGUGCAAAGAUGGAGAAUGUUCAGGAAAUAGUAGAAAACUUUUCAGUACUACUACUGUGACUACACCACCCUCUUCCACUAGUACCACCACUUCUAAGAAUAAUAAUGAGAAGAAUGGUGGUAGAGAAGAAGAGAAAUAUUCAAGUCAUAAUAAUAAUAAUAAUAAUGUUAAUUCGUUAAAGACUACUAUUACUACUUCUGAUAUUGAUGAUGAUCAACACCCAGAUCAGUACGAGCCAUAUUCUGAAGCUGUAGACCUUGCUGAGAUGGACUAUUCUCCAGCUAGGAGAAAAACCCCUAUUCACAAUUAAUUAAUUAAAUAAUAUAUGUAACAAAAAGAAAAUUAUAUUAAAAAAGAAAGAGAGAUAAAAUAAGGGAAAACUAGCUAGAAGAAUUAAGUGAGACAGCAUUACGAGAUAGCUGCAGUUUAUUUAGGACUAAGAUAUAAAUAUAUAUAUUAAAGUUUUUUGUACAUAUUAUUGUUGUAUUAAAUUAUUAAUAUGUUACUCUUAUUAUUAUCAUUCCUUAAAAACUGUCGCAUUUUAGAGAUGCAUGAUUGAGUAAUUAAUGAGCACUACUUAUUAUAUA